AUGGACGACAACAACAAUCGUACACCAGAGGCAUCGUCGGAGGAUUCUGAUUUGGAGUCUGAAGACGGCGGUGAUGGUGUGAAUUAUAGUGUGAAUUUUGUCACAGACACGUUAUUUCCAACGUUUGAUAAUGCAAUUAAAUGGGCGGAUGCUGUUUCCAUAAAUUUGGGAUUUAUUUUGGUUAAAUCGUCUUACAACAAAACCAGAGAUGACAGUUGGAAGAUCCGUGCAAAAAAUGAUGAAAGUGGAACCCAUAACCAUCCAAUGAUUGUGUAUCAGGAGGGUCAUCGUAAAAUUAGUGGCUUGAGCCCGGAUGCAAAAAAUGUUGUGCAUGACAUGACAAAGUCCAAGGUUGCACCGCAUAACAUCAUGGCAACUAUUGCAAAGCAAUUUCCUGAUGAUCAUCUAAACAUCACACACAUUUACAAUUGCCGGAAUGACUUGAGAACGGAGAUGUCUAAAGGCAGAAGAGUUGUUCAGCAAUUUCUUCAUUUGGCGAGACAGAGUCAGUGUAUUUAUUGGGUCAUGACCGAUGACCUCGGCGUUCUACAACAUGCAUUUAUGGUGCACCCAAUCACGGUAAACAUACUACGCAUAUACUCACAUGCAAUCGGUAUGGAUUCGACAUACAAGACCAACCGAUACGGGAUGCCAUUCUUUGAGAUAGUAGGUGUAACAUCGACAAAUCAGAAUUUCCUCGUUGGUUAUGUGUUCAUGCGCAACGAGUGCACGACAAGCUAUCGGUGA